AGACACACCAGUGUAUACUUAGUACUCUCAGGUUCAGAUCUGUGAAAAUGCUUGUAACCUUGUAUCCUCUGUUCAAAUCCAGGUUCAUGGUUUUCCUUUUUACUUGACGAACUCUUGAACAACGAAACCUCUUGAAACAAACUUUUUAACAUUCCAAUAUCUUUGAAACCCCGUAAUACAAUGUCGACAGCUCUGAGCUACCACUCCUCGAGGUCUCGAGCCUCAAGUCGGCUGGAGGCCGUUAGGACGGAGAUGGAUCGGAGCUCAGCGUACAUGUACGGGUCCAGCACCCUCUCCAACAGGAACUCGUCCUAUGAACCUCUGAAGAGAGAAACCAGCUACAUAGAUACAGGACGGAGUAGAACCAGAACCAGGGAUCAUUCUGCUGACUUCUCAGCAAAAUACAGGAGAAGUAGCUCCCUGGAGAUAAGUGCACCUAUAAAACCUAGGUUGAGGGAUAGAUCCUCAGAUUUCAGCCUCAACGGUAUUGAGAGGAUUUCAACCCGACCUCGAACCUCGAUUUUAGACUCGAAAUAUGAAGCAAAGGAUUACAAGGAUUUGACGACGAACGCCGACAAGUACCUGACAAUGCAGAAGUACAGGGACUACGACAAGACGAAGGAGAUUGAUAAGAUAGUUGAGGAGGAGAGAAGAUCGAAAGCAUAUUCAAAGAUCAUAAACCAAUCAAGCACUUAUCAGCAGGAGCAGGACGCAAGCAGAGCCUGUUUAUCCGAUAUAUUCAUGAAUACAGGAGGAUUUAGUGCUAAAACUUGUGCUGCCAUCACGAAAGAAAUUAUCUACAAGGAGGAUAAGGGGCCAAGAAACUAUGGAUGGAGGAAGGAGAUGGAGAGUUAUGAAGAGAAACUAGAAGUUCUCUCAGCUCAUAAACGUGUUGCACAAGAGAGCACUAAAGCCACCAGGGAUGUUUACCGAAGUACAGACGCAAAGAUUCGGGACUAUGCUCUGGAGUGUAAAAGAGAUGUGGAUUCAUCCACCAAAGAUAUAAUCAUCCGCCCUGUUGUUAUCUCCGAACCUAAAACUUACACUUCCUCCUCCGGAACACCCAAGACGUAUUCCACCUAUAGCCGGGAGAAAUCUACUGCAAGAGAUACUGAUUACUCCGAACCUGCUCCUAAGAAAGGAUCCUGGAGAAAGGAUCUGGAGAGGUAUGAAGAGGAUCUAGAACUUAAAAAGGUUCAGAGCGAAAACCAGAAAAAAAUAAACUCAUACACAGAGACAUCAACAUUCCAGAAAACUGCUACACCCUCCAUUCCAGUUCACUCUAACAAUGCCAGUAGGACUGAACAUAAAUCUAAACCUGGAGAAUAUCAAAGGAAAAGUUCCAACUCAGAAACUAGUUCUACAACUGUUUCUAAACCUCUGACCAACUCCUGGUCUAAACCUGCUGCAGCUAGCCAAGAUACUGUUCCAAAGCAGGACGAGGAGAAAAAACCAACCUACAGCUGGAAAAAAUCAGAAGCAGUGCCUGGAAUUAAAGAGAAGACUGUCAUUGUAGAUCUUACACCAGACAUCGGCAAGAAAGAGAAAUCUUCUAAAGAAUCCGAAACUUUUCCAAAGUGGAAAAAGCCUGAGGCUAUAAAGAAAGAAGAACCUAAAAUUGAAGAACCAAAAUCUACUCCAAAAUGGAAGAAACCAGAAUCAAUUUCUCCAGAAGAACCUAAAAAGGAGGAACCCAAAGUAGAAGCUAAGAAAGAGGAGCCCAACCCAGCUCCUAAAUGGAAGAAAACUGAAACAGCUGAAAAAGAACCUAAAGUUGAAGAGCCUAAACCUACACCGAAAUGGAAAAAACCUGAGACGGUAAUGAAAGAAGAACCUAAACCGGUUGAGGAGUCCAACCCUGUUCCAAAAUGGAAGAAAACUCAAACCAUUAAAAAAGAAGAACCUAAAGUUGAGGAAUCUAAACCUGCUCCUAAAUGGAAGAAAUCUGAAACCGUUAAGAAAGAGGAGCCUAAGGUUGAAGAACCUAAACCUGUUCCAAAAUGGAAGAAAACCGAUACCAUUAAAAAAGAGGAACCUAAAAUUGAGGAACCCAAACCUACCCCUAAAUGGAAAAAACCUGAAACGGUUAAGAAAGAAGAAACUAAACCUGAAGAGCCCAAACCUGUUCCUAAAUGGAAGAAACCUGAAACCACUAAGAAAGAAGAAUCAAAGGUUGAAGAACCGAAACCUACGCCAAAAUGGAAGAAACCUGAAACCGUUAAGAAAGAAGAACCUAAAAUUGAGGAAUCAAAACCUGUUCCUAAGUGGAAGAAACCCGAAACUGCAAAGAAAGAAGAGCCUAAAGUUGAAGAACCGACACCUACUCCCAAAUGGAAGAAACCUGAAACGGUUAAGAAGGAAGAACUUAAAGUUGAAGAACCUUCUCCUGCAGCAGAAGAAGAGAAGGUUGAGGAGAAAAUGGUUCCUGCGGAAACUAAAGCAGAACCAAGUAAAGAAGCUGAAGGUAAGGAAGGAGAGAAGAAGGAGGAAGAGGAGGAGGAAGAUACUACAGGAAUGAGAUCUAUGAGAAAGGAGACGGAUAACAAGUUUGCUCUUAUGGACGCUGAGUUUGAAGCUGGUAAAUCUAAGCUAGCUGCUCUAAGAGCUAAAAUGAAGCGGCUCAGAGAAGCAUCUAAAGCUGCUGCAGAGGCUGAUGCUGCUGCUGAUGCUGCGAAUAGGAAAGGAUAAAUUUGUAAUUAUGGAAGCGAACGAACUAUUUAUUAUUUUUAUCUAUUUUUUAAUCAAUUUUUCGAAUCUGCUUUUUUCAUUGUAAAUUAAUGCAAAAAAUAAAGCCCCAGGCCUACGAGUAGCUGAUUAGCUAUGGUUUAAUAAUAACAAAUUAUGUAUAAUGUGUUUGCUUAAAAUUGUGAUAAGUAAAUAAAUUUUUACCCUAAAAAACCGCAGAAAAAUAGGAAUAAAUAAAAUAUUUAACUUA